UACGGAAUUGUACCGGUGGACUAGAAACUCCCGCCAUUUCAACAAGGAAUUAACCUCUUGAUCGAUCCACGUUACUUUUUCGCACCACUUACUUAUUCUUUUCUGAUAACAAGACGCUCCGACCGUACGAACAUCCAGCAAAUACAGUUGUUUUGACGAGUUCAGGGCUAGUUAGUUGCAAAGACUUUGGGAUUGUACAGCGCGCCAGACCUCCUGCUGAACUGAGCUCUGGCUGUUGCCGCGAGUUUGAUAUCGGUGCGGCUUGCAUCCUUACAUGUUCAUCCGGAGGAACUAAAAGUUUACUAACUCUAGAGAGAGACAGAUCUGGCCACCUGUUUUACAUCUUUGCUUGAAACCAGCAUGGCACCGCUACUUGAGGAGAGAAGAAGGAUGCGAUGAGGCGGAUGGCAAGACGCGCACUGUUAUUGUUUUGCAACCAGAUAGCAAUCCAGCCUGCUAGCUAGUCAGCUAGCUGCUACACGCUGAGUGCCGGGCCUGCCGGCGGUAACCCGACAAGACAAGACACUUGCAUACAUGCUAAGGUCAUAUUAUUGUAUAUCAUUGUACUAGUUUAUUGCUAGAAGAUUUAAUUGUACCGUUGGCACCCGUGCCAUCUGUGGAUUUGAAAUGGCACCGCUUUUAGGCCGAAAACCUUACCCACUGGCUAAGCCGCUAGCCGAGCCACCAGGCCCGGGAGAGGAGGUCUACAUCAUUGAGCACACCAAGGAGGCCUUCAGGAACAAAGAAGAGUAUGAGGCACGCUUGAAGAGGUAUGAUGAGCGCAUCUGGACAUGCAAGAGCACCGGAAGCAGUCAGCUCACACACAACGAAGCAUGGGAGGAAGAACAAGAAGUCACCGAACUGCUUGACGAGGAAUAUCCCAAGUGGUUUGAGAAGCCGGUCCUGGAGAUGAUCCACCACAACACAGUGUCUUUAGACAAACUGGUUGAAAUGGCCUGGCUGGAAAUCCUCACCAAGUAUGCUCUGGAUGAAGAGUGUGACUUCCUGGUGGGGAAGGACAAAAGUUUGCAAGUGAAGGUGGUGAAGAUUCAUCCUCUAGAUAACCCAGAGGGGGAGACGGCGGAGAAGAAGCUCGAAGGUGCCUGCGACUCUCCAUCCAGCGACAAGGAGAAUGCAAGUCAGGAGAACCAAGGGAAGGAACCUCCUCCCCGAGAGGAGGAGAACAGGAGGGAGAGUCUCAGUGACAGAGCACGACGUUCACCAAGGAAACUUCCCACUGCCAUGAAGGAAGAGAGGAGGAGAUGGGUGAUGCCCAAAUUCCUUCCCCACAAAUAUGACGUAAAGCUCAUCAAUGAGGAUAAGGUGAUCAGUGAUGUCCCAACAGACAGUCUUUUCAGAACGGAGCGUCCUCCAACAAAGGAGAUCAUGCGCUACUACAUCAGGCACUAUGCUCUGAGGCUGGGCAUGGGAGAGAGUGCUCCCUGGGUGGUUGAAGACGAACUGGUUAAAAAAUUCAACCUGCCAAGCAAAUUCAGUGACUUUCUUCUUGAUCCACACAAGUUUUUAGCAGAGAAUCCCUCUGCAAAGCGUAAGAGCCUGUCGUCUCAAGAGGGUAAACCUAGCAAGAGGCUCAAGAGCCCUGACACACCUGGAGAGGAUUCAGGGAAUGAGAAAGGAGAGAAGAAAAGAAGACGGAAGAAGAACGACUCUUUAGGCAUGCCCCUCAGUCCGACCAUUUGGGGCCACAUGCAGAAAAUACAAAUGAAUGGCUCACCACUCAAGGUGAAGAAUUCGGGAUCCCCAAAGAAAGGAGAAGGCAAAGGCUCGGCUCCCUCAACUCCAAAAUCAGGCAGAAAGUCUGGGGACAAGAAAGAAGCAAAGAAAACGGGAAAGAGCGGUGUCCUCAAAGCUUUUAAGAAGGACGGCAAAGCUGGUCCUAAAACCCCAAAGAUGAAGCAGAUGACUCUGCUGCAUCUAGCUAAGAGCACUCCAGCUGGGAGCCCCAAGAAGAGAGCCCGUAGUAGUGGCAUGGGUACCGCGAAACUGGGGAAGCCCCUGCACCCGAUGGCUCUCCACCUCCUUCGUUACUAUAAGGAGCACAAAGGCAAGGAGGACAAAAAGACCUCCCUUUCCUCCCUCCUCUCCAAAGCCGCAAAAACCUUGUCCCCAGACGAUCAGAGCCGGCUGCCAGAGGAGCUCAGGGAGCUGGUGCAGAAACGCUGGGUGCUGCUGGAGCAAAAGAAGCGAUGGGCAGCCAUGAGUGAAGAGGAAAAGAAUGAAGAGAUGAAGAAAAAGCGAGAGGAAGUCAAAGAGAAAUUGCGAGAAAAGGCCAAGGAGAGAAGAGGGAAGGAGAUGUUGGUCCGACGGGAACAAUCCCGCAGAUACGAGGAUCAGGAGAUCGAAGGUGGCAAGACACUGCCGACGUUCAAGCUUGUUGACAUGCCUGAAGGAUUGCCCAACACCCUGUUCGGAAGUGUGGCUAUGGUUGUGGACUUCCUCCAGUGCUAUGCUGGGCUACUGAUGCCAGAAGACCAGUAUCCCAUCACAGCAGUGGCUCUGAUGGAAGCACUGGCCGGGGAACGCUCAGGCUUCCUGUACCUGAACAGAGUGCUGGUGGUGCUGCUCCAGACGCUGCUGCAGGACGAGCUGGCAGAGGGCUACAGCGAGCUCGACAUGCCCUUAUCUGAGAUCCCCCUCACCAUGCACUCGGUGUCUGAGUUGGCGCGGUUGUGCCUGCGACCAUGUGACGCCCAGGGCGAAGGGAGCCACCAGGGCUCUGUGGACUCUGGGGCUUUGGGGGGCUUUGAUGACGUGGUCACCAGCGAGUUCUUGGAGAAGCUCGAGACAAUCGAGGUGUUUGAGCUGAGCUCCGACGAGAAGGUCAGCCUGCUGGUGGCUUUGUGCCAUCGCAUACUCAUGACGUACUCGGUCGAAGACCAUGUCGAUGCAAUGCAGCAACGAUCAGCUGAGGUGUGGAAGGAGCGCCUGGCCAUGCUGAAGGAGGCUAACGACCGCAAAAGGGCGGAGAAGCAGAUGCGAAAGGAGAUGGAGGGCAAAGGUGAGAAAAAGAAAGAGGGGAGUGUUAAGAAGGACACCAAAAAAGAAGUAAAGGUGGAGCCAAACCCGGAGCCCGAGGACAUGAUCAGCUCACUGAAGAGCCGGCGGCUGAUGUCCGUGCAGGCCAAGAAGGACAAGGAGGAGAUGGAGAGACAGAACAAAGAGCGCAUGGAGAAGGAGGCUGAAGAGGAGCGGAUGCGCAAACAGCGGGCUGCUGUAGAACGGGCCUUCCAGGACGGUAUCACCAAAGCCAAACUGGUGAUGCGCAGGAGCCCCUCUGGUUAUAAUAAUAAUAAUAACAGGUACUGGCUUUUCUCUGACGUUGUUCCUGGUCUGUACAUUGAGAAGGGCUGGGUGCACGAAAGCAUCGACUACAGCUUCACCCCCCCACCCGAGGACAAAGCGGCUGAAGCUGCUGAGCCCGCAGAAGCUGCGGAGGUAGAAGAGGAGGAGGACGGAGAGACGGCUUCCAAUCAAGAUUCACAGGGAGCUGAAAAGGAUGAUGGCAGCAUCGAUGGUGCUAUUAGUGAGGGAGCCCAGCAGGGGGCAACAGCAGACGUCUGUAUAGAAACUACUAUUCCCAACCAGGGGCAGAACCUCUGGUUUGUGUGUGAAAACCCAGCCGAGUUGGAGGAACUGGUGGAAAGUCUUCAUCCUCAGGGUGUUCGAGAGAGCGGACUGAAGGCCAAGAUACAAAACAGGUGCAUGGACUCAACUUUUAGCCAUUUCUUUGUAACUCAUGUUGAGAUGUUUGAUGAUCAGCAACCUCUCCAUUGCAGGAACUACAACCAAGACACUGAUGAAGAGGAGGAUGAGGAGGAGUCAGAAGAGGAGGAGUCUGAGGAAGAAGAAGACGAUGAGGAAGAUAAUGACUACAAAGCCAUGGGCCACAGCUUGAGACCAAGGAAGAAAAAUAAGCAGUCUUCGUCUCGGCCGAAAAGUUCCAAAAGCAAACCCAAGAAGCAGUCGUCUUCAAGUACUCCGACCAGCAAAUCAAAGUCGGGCCCAACCAGCCCCGCAGACAUCGAUGAACUGGUGCGACAGAGUUCCCAGACAGGAGUGCGCAAGCAGGCGCUGGAGCUGGAGAGGUGCGAGGAAAUCCUCAAGAAACUCAUGAAAUUCCGCUACAGCUGGCCGUUCAGGGAGCCGGUGUCCCCAGAGGAGGCGGAGGACUACCUGGACAUCAUCACCCAGCCCAUGGACUUCCAGACCAUGCUGGGGAAGUUCAGCCAGAGUUUGUAUCGGAACGCCCAGGAGUUCAUGGAAGACCUGAAGCUGGUGUUCUCCAACGCCGAGGAGUACAACCAGCAGGGCAGCAGCGUGCUCUCCGCCAUGGUGAAGACGGAGCAGUCGUUCACCGAGCUGCUCCAGCGGCUGCUGCCCGGCCUCAGCUACCUCCGCCGCCGCUCACGCAAACGCGUCAGCCGGGCUCCUGCAACCUCUGAGGACGAAGAGGAGGAAGAGGAGGAGGAAGAAGAGGAGGAGAAACAACAACCGAAGAAGAAGAUGCAGAAUGGCAAAUCGAACACGAAGAAAAGCAAAAGUGUUCGGGGACGGCGGGUGGAGAGCGAGAGCGAGGGGGACGACGAUGAUGAUGAUGGCAGGAGGAGGAGCAAGCGGACCUCCAGCUCCUCGAGGAAGAAGGAUUACAGGGAGCAGGAUAGCGAUGGCGAGCGGGACACACGGAGAAAUCGUCAGCGGGGGGGCCGGGGCGACGCGGCGGGGGCGAGCAGCGACGAGGAGCCGUCCAGCCGGCAGCGACAUUCCAAGAGACAGAAACGCUCCUGAAGUCCAGGCUUUUUAUUUCCCACUGUCUCGCUUUGCUUUCAAGAUUCUGUCCCGCUCUUCUAAAAAUGAUCAAGAGCCCACCUCCUCUUCCUCCUCCUCUUCCUCACAGCCAGCGGGACUUAAACCUCAGAAGGACUUUUUUGUGUUAUUGAAUUUGUUCAUAUUUUGAAAAACAAAAGAAACCCGAUUUAUAUUUGUAACAUGUUUAAUAUUGGAGAUCUUUUGUUUAUUUCCAACUGAUAAAAAGGAGACACUUGAGAUAAUGGAUGGGUCCUCGUAGCUCUUAAGACUCUUUUUGAUUUAAAUUUCAUUUCCAAGUUGAAACCUCACACACAAGUGUAAUUUGACCUAAAUGUUGUCCGUGUAAUAGAUGGAGUCCCUGUAGCGGAAAUCCUUCUUGUUUCAAAACAGCGCUGAUGUCUAAAUGUGUUCUGAAAUGCAUUUGUCCUGUCACCUGUAAAUCGCUCUUACUACUAAGCAUCUCGACACCAAGGUUAUCUUCGGUCAAAUGCCAGUCUAGAGAUAAACAUGGUAGUUUUUUUUUUAUACUAGUUUUAGAAUUUUUUUUUUCCCAGUCCAGGUUUAAAGUUUAUUGUAAAAAGCUGGGUCGAAACUGCAGGUCACGUGCGGUCGCAUCACGUAAGAGCUAAACGUUGAAAUCUCUUGUUGCCAAGAUAUUUUUAAAAACAGGGAUCUGACUUUUGUUGUGGCGUAGAGCUGCCCAGCCUUUCCUCUGUAGUGCCCUGCCACUUUAAAAGAACCGGUACCUCAAUGCUCCGUCAGUUUGCACUCCUCCCGUGUAAAGUGCACCUAUUAUGCCAGCAGCUGCAGGACCAGACUUUAUUAAAAAAUUAUGUGCAUAAACAUUUGUAAACAGUGUUUAAAAACGACAAUUGUGACGUUUGUUAAGGAAAUGGGCAUUUUUUAAUAUUUGAUAUUUUUUGCACAUUUUAUUUGGUAUUGUAAAUGACAACUUAUUAAAUGCAUUCAAUAAAAAACAAGGUUAAAUCACAGCUCUCCUAGUCAAUGCAGAGAACGGCAGUUUUAUUUUUCAUUGUCUCAGCAGAAAUGGUCACUUGUUCAUUUUGCCACAAACACAAGUCGCUCAUUUGAAUGAAUUUAGGGAAUUCAAAGAGGCGAAUGAAAGUUUCCCUGCAUGUCCUGGCUCAGCCACCAGGUGGUGCUCCACUCCUGCUCUCUGAAUAAUCUGAUACUUUGUAUUUCAGUGACAGUGCUGUUGGCCCACUGCUGAUACUCACUUCUCUGUGUGUGCACUGGUCAUCAAAGGACAGGGGGGACUUUAUACUGCUGGUGUAUUUGGCUCUACAACUCAUUCAGUAAUAACCUCUUAAGGAAAACACUUUGAUGUGCAGAGGUUUCUAUAGUUAGGGACGAGGACACCAGCAGUGUAUACGUAUUCAUAUGUGUACUGAUACGGCAGGGAUGGCUUGCCCUCUUCUCUCGGUACCGUGCUGUUCUCCUGUGUUUUACUGAUUUCAUUUGGCCACUGAUGGUUCCCCAGCCCUUUUUGUUUUUUUCAAUUUGGAUUUGUUUUUUCAUUAACAAUUGUAAACAUCACUGUUAUUGUGUCAUUUCAACAGACAAACUGCCCCUCUCAAGUGGAGACCUGACUGUAAAUGCUUUCUUUGUUCUUGGAGGAACUGCAAAAGGGUCUUUUACACUUCCUUUUUAUAUAUAUAUAUUUAUAGUCUUUAAAGCUGGGUUUGGGCAGGUUCAAAGGAUUGACAUGUAAAGAAUUUUCAAUAAAGGCUAUGGACGAAGA